UGGCCGGAGAGCCCCUCCCCCGCACUGCCCCGAUCUGUGUGGUGGAAGAAGGAGGAAGAUGGGGAUGUGUCUGCCGUGUUUGGGGGGAGCUGCCGAGGAUGUGAUAGAGACUCCGGACCCGGUGGGACCAAUCAUCUCUCGGGGGCCUGUCCUGGAAGACUUCCCGGAAACACCGUUACCGGAGUUGAAGAGGAGACAGCUGGCGGAGGCGGCAGAGAAAAGACAGAUGGAGACGGUGAAUCGGGGAAUUAAGAACCCGACCUCUGUGGAGCAGAAGAAGAGGAAGAAAGAGGAAGUGGAGAAGAUGACGACUGAGGCCGCGCCCCCCGGUGGUGGAGGAGGAGGAGGAUUGCGGUGGCAGGUCGGCUAGCGAUUGGACGGAUCCCGGAAGACGAUGUUGUUGUUGCAGAAUUCCCGUUCUUGGAACAAUUGUCUGGCUUUUGCUGUUUGCAUAUUGUGGUUCCUGGAGACAGUCGGUGACGCUGCGUUGUGGGCGGCGACGACCCCUGACCUCUGCAGCCUAUCGCUUCGCAGUCCCGUAUUGCUUAAAUCCAAGCUGCUAACGCAAAUCUCCACCCCCCGCCCAUCAUCAUCAUCACCACACCGGAGACUUCGCCUGUCCCCCAACCGGCCGUGCCAAACUUUAUAUAAGAUGACCGGACUGAUCACUGCCAGUCGUCGCCCAAUUAAAAGCCCAACUGUCACCAAAACUUCUUCUUUUAUUUUGGAUGGAGCAGGGAAGCUGCAGAGGCCAUUUUUAAGCUGUUUGUGUUUCUGUUUGGGAGAUUUAUCCUCACUUCCUGUUGCAGUCACACAGCAGGAAGUGAGAAGAAAUCUCCCAACUUGUUCUUGUUUUGUCAAAAUCAUGUAAAAAAAAAAAAAAAGUGAGAGGAACCCCCACCCCAUAGGGGUAUAGAACAGAAAGUGACCAGAUACCCCCCCCCCUCCCUCCCCCAUAGGGGCA